AUGGCUACCCCAUCCCUCCGCCCCGCAGCCCGGCGCAUCGCCCUCGCCAGCCACCGCAGCCUCGCCUUGUCCCUCGCGCCGCCACGACGAAGCCUCAGCUCCCCCCCCUCGUCUCCGUCGGCGUCCGGCCCGGAGCUCGAGGUCGGCGAGCUCCAAGGCGCCAAGUUCCGCAUCGAGCCCCUCCGCCGCACCGGCGAGGACGCCAAGACCAAGCGCGCCCGGCUUCUGUACCAGUCCCGCAAGCGCGGCACCCUCGAGUCAGACCUCCUCCUCUCCACCUUUGCCGCCGCCCACCUCCCCUCCAUGACGUCCGCCCAGCUCGCCGACUACGACCUGUUCCUCGACGAAAAUGACUGGGACAUUUACUACUGGGCCACGCAGGCCGAGCCUUCCUCCUCCUCAUCAGCCUCCGCCGCACCACCGUCCACAAACCCCGCCGAUGGCUCGUCCCCGGCCGCCGCCGCCGAUGGCUUUGUGCGCCAGAACCCGCCCCAGGGCGAGUGGGCGCAGACGGUCGGCAACGUCCGCCCUGCCUACCGUCCCGUCCCCUCGCGCUGGCGCGACAGCCAGAUCCUCGCUCUCUUGCGCGACCACGUCUCGAGGCGGAGCGCGAACGGCGCCGAGGCCAAGGGUAUGGGCUUUAUGCCACCCUUGGAGGCCGGGCGAUAG